AUGGUUUCUGACGCGAUAUUAGACACGGGACACUCGGGUCCUAUCACAGACACCGCGGUGGAUGCGUCCGGGAAGCGACUUGCUUCAUGUGGUGAGGAUGGCGUGAUUCGCGUAUUUGCCUUAAAUAACGUCUCACAAGAUAAAUGGGAUCUCCUAGUUGUGUUGGAGGGACAUACCGGGGCCGUCGUGUGUGUGGCUUGGGCACCACCCGCGCACUAUUCGUCAACUCUGCUGUCGUGCGGGGAGGAUUCUCAGGUAAUUCUUUGGAGCGACCUUGGUGAUUCGCAGGGAUGGGCAAAGAUAUACUUCGCGACAAUUGGAUCCAUGCCUUGGUGCGCGGCGUGGGCACCGCCAGAGUAUGGAAAGAUGUUCACUGUUGGCUGUGCGAGCGGGUCUGUUAUGAUGUUCGUUGGACGAGACCAGGAGUGGAGCCACACAGAGUUUACUGCACACCCGAACGGCUGCUGCUCUCUGUCAUGGGCGCCUUCAUUGCCCCCUGGCAUGCUCCUGAUGGCGCCACUGGAGAGCGAGUUGACGGGAGCUACUUCACUUCCGCCGGGUGGUGUGCCGCUCGCUCCGCCCCGUAUUGUCACUUGCGGAGGCGAUCGAAGCGUGACCGUCUGGACCCUCUGUGGUGAGGAAUGGAAGCCACAAGAACUUUCACUAGAUGUGGAGGCGUCUUGGCGGGAGGUGGCGUGGGCGCCUGGGGUGGGCAUGCCUUUCACUUACAUUGCAGCUGGGUCUGACGAAGGGUUUGUGGUGGUCUGGUCGCAGGACGGAGCGGCACGUGGGGAAUGGAACCGCAUGAUGCUGCCACAGCAGGAGGAUGGUGUGACAAAGCUUUCCUGGUCGCUUGUGGGUACAUUUCUACUCGUGUCGUGUGCGAAUGAGACGGCCAGCAUGUGGCGGGAAUGUACCUCGUCGCAGGGCUGGGAGCGUGCCUGUGAACUCCUCCCGCCCGGGACUUAG